AUCCACUAGCCAUGUUUAUGUGCGACUGUGGUGCGAUUUCGUGCGCGUCGGACUAGUCUGCCCCAGUCGCAAGUGGAAGUAGUGUUUGCGAAGAUAUUUGCGCGUGUUACUAUAAAAUCGGGCCGCAAUGUCGGGCACGAUGAGUGCCUCUCAGGCGUCAAACCUCAUUCAAUCAACAGCAGGCGCCAUCCCCGUCCUCAAUGAAAAGGGCGAGGUUUCCAUGCAAAAAGUGAAAGUGCACAGAUACAUAUCUGGAAGAAGACCUAAAUAUGCUCCUAAAGAAAGCAGCGAUGAAGAAAGUGGAGAUGAGUUCACAUUCGAGCGGCGGCAGCAACCAGUCAUUCCGGAGCCCAUUCCCAUCGACGAGGAAGCCGAAAAGAAUGACCCACGUCUGCGCCGUCUCCAGCGAAGAGACCAGCAGCUUAACGAAGAGGAACGAAUGGAAAGACACAGGAUGAUCCAUGAGCCAGAGGUCAUAUCUGUUGGUGCUGAUGGAGAAGAACCGAUGGACGAGAGCGAGAUGCGCGCUGCUCGGUGGCGAGAUGGAGAAGAAGACAGCGAUGCUGAAGAGCUUGAUGACGAGGAAAUUGAGCGCCGACGUCUGAUGCUGAGACAACGGGCUUUGGCAAGAGCUCAAGAAGAGGAGCUGCUUGAUUUGGAGGAUGAGGGCCGCUCGGAUGAAGAGGAGUCCGAAGAAUCUGAAUAUGAAGAGUACACAGAGUCUGAGGAAGAAGACACCGGACCACGUCUGAAGCCUGUAUUUGUGCGAAAGCGUGACAGGGUCACAAUCCAGGAGCGCGAACGACUGGCUCAAAAAGAGAAGGAACUCGAGCACGAGGCAAAGCGCAUUGCCGAAGAAAGGCGACGCACCACACUGAAGAUCGUGGAAGAAGAGACCAAGAAAGAGUUGAUGGAGGAGAAGCGUGUUGAUGACUCGGAAGACUGGGUCAACACGGACGACGAAAACGACGAGGCAGCAUACGAAGCCUGGAAACUACGUGAGCUGAAGCGCAUCAAGCGUGACAAGGAAGAAAAGGAGCAGUACGAGAAGGAACGCAUGGAGGUUGAGCGCAUGCACAACAUGACGGAAGAAGAGCGACGUGCCGAGCUCCGGGCCAACCCGCGCCAGGUCACCAACAAGGCGUCCAAGGGAAAAUACAAGUUCCUGCAGAAGUACUUUCACAGGGGUGCUUUCUUCCUGAACGAGGAGGACAAUGUCUACAAACGAGACUUUUCGGCGCCCACCCUGGAAGAUCACUUUGACAAGACUGUCCUGCCUAAGGUUAUGCAGGUCAAGAACUUUGGUCGGUCUGGUCGAACCAAAUACACACAUUUGGUGGACCAGGACACCACUCUGUUCGACUCACCGUGGAUGUCAGAAACAGCUCAAAAUCUCAAGUUCCAUGCAAACCAGGCUGGAGGAAUGAAGCAGCUUUUCGAAAAGCCAAGCACCAAGAAGCGCAAGACAACGGCCUCUUGAAUCGUGAAAAUGGGUAGCCUAGCGUUGCCAGUACCUGUACAUAGUCACUGUAUUGUCAUGUUGUUGUUAUCGAGUCACCACACUUAUAAACAGAGAAUGGUUUGUCUUGAUUAAAAACUGGCACCGUAGUUCCAGUGGUCAUGGUUACACUAAUACUGUUCAGUAGUAAACAUGUUGAGUACAUCUGGUUCUCUUUGUGAGGAGUAUCAGUGCUGGUACAGGAACUUCAUGGAGACAAAAAUUAAACAAAAGUUUUCAGUUCAAAGUGUGCUAGUUUGUUAGGGCCUGUCACCUUAUAGUUCAGAACGAGCACGGUUGUUGGCAGUAUAAGGAACGUCAUAGCAGUGGUAAUCUGGACUGACAUUUAUUUUGCACAUCAUUGGCUGCUGCACUGCAAUACACGCUGCUAGUUUUUGACCCAUUCUUGAUCUGCAUCGCCUGAGCAGGGUUGGAACUGUAUGUUUUAGCCACUAUAUAUAAAUAAGUUCUUAUGUAACGUUUCAAACAUAAAAACACAGUAUAUGCUGGUUCUGAAUACUUGU